AUGGCCGAAACGCAUACUCCGGCGCGCUCCGUCGCUAUGGACCCCCCUCACAUCACAGAGUUCGCCUCGAAGCGCUAUUUUGAAAAGCUAAAUCAGCUCAACGCCAACCAGACACAAACCGAGACAGCCGAGUCAUCAGCAGCUGCCACAACAAAUGUGUCUGCCAGAGCGACACUACCUUCCUCAACCUUCAUUCUACCUCUGCGCGAAUCCAAGAAGACCGAUGCUCAGGCCAAACCUGCGGAGCUGAAAAAGGACAAGAGCCGUUUCUUCAGCAUCAGACAGAGAGUAUCCCUGCGCCACUCCAAACCUGCUGUCCCUGCCUUUCUUCCUGCCGUUGUACCCGAGGUUGUUUCCGUCCCUCAACCUGCUACUGCUACCGUUACCGAUCCUGCCACCAGCGCCAUACCCUUUUAUCAGCUCUUCCUCGCCCUACCUAACGAACUGCAAAUCCAAAUUGUCUCAGCCCUCCCACUCACCGAUGUCCUCAAUCUACGUCUCACGUCGAAGCCGUGGCACACCCUCAUCACCCUCAACGAGGGCCCAAUCGUGCGAUACCACGUCGAGAACCAUGUUCCCGCUUACGCUCUCCGCUUAUACCCGAUUAAUGACUCCGCCGACUACAACUUUCACUCUCUCUGCAGCAUAUGGCAUCGUCUGCAUGUUGCCGCCAAACUGGCCUAUUUGAUGUGUGACUGGAUCACCAAGGACAUUUUUCUUCAGCAAACCGAGGCCCAACAGAAGGCAUUUGCACCACAACACGAAAUUAUGCGGCGUCGACUCAUUCCCCUACUUUUCACCAUCUUCCACUUCUUCGAGACGUACCGUAAAUUACAUCUGGAACACAUUACCAAGAAUAAUGGCCACGGGUUGCGACGUGAACCAUACACCCUGAACCCCAUUGAGAAGGAGAUCAUGGAUAUGUACGACGACCAAACACUUUUACGAGUGCACGAAGUGUUUCCCCUAGUAAUAUCAUCGUUCUGUCGCCGUCUGCGACCACCAACAUAUGUCGGUCGUGUCGAGAGAUCAUUUCGUGGUUACCUGCGCGACAAGCCUGCUGACGAUGUGCACGUUGCUAUUUUGUGUCUGGGUGGUCUGCGACAGGUUGAGAGAUUGUGGGAAAUCAAGGGAUACAACAGCCGAAGAGCAGCGGUCGAUGUGUGGUACAGCAGUCUCACAAAGGAGCCCAUCGCCGAAACUCAAACCAAAGCCCGACUCGCAGGGCUACGUGGGUUUGGACGGAAGAAGUCGACAAGCGGUGACCGUUCUGUGCAUCGCUCAUCAUUGAGCGAGUCCCUUCAUAGAGUGCGCAGUACGUCAGCGUCGAUUGAUGCCACUGGCUCCGGCAACCCUUUCCCCAACUGGGUCUUCCACACAAGCUUGGCCGCCGACGUGCCAAUGGCACCUCUGGACGCCGAGCAGGCCGACAAGAUUCUGCACGACCUGCCGGUUCUGCAGCAGAUCUGGCUCACGACCGCCGAGGCCCUCAUUCUGGAACGCAAGAUUGUCCCGCGCACGCACGACAUCAAGCGCAAUCAGCAAGUCAUGCUCGACCUCAUUCGCCAAGACGGUAUAAAAGAGGAAGAUGAGUGGUGGUAUGGACGACACAACCCAGAAUCUGUCCGACCGCCGCCCGGCGCUGGUGCCGCAGAAGACGAUGCGGACUAA